AUGAGCGCGAGAAGUCUAGGAGGAUCUCAGUCAGCCACCAAGUGGCUGAAGCUCGAGCGAGAGCUCACGUCGCUGGAGAACCCGGACAGCAGGAACGAGGGUCUCGACAACGUGCGGGUCCAGGUCAUGACGGCUGGAACGCUACCGGACGGGGCAACGAGGAUCAGGUUGUUCAAGUCGACCGCCAAGUGCAUUGAAGACUCGAACCCCAAGACUGCUAUCAAGUGCGUCCAGUUCCUCCACGAGCUAGUCCAGCACUUCGGUACCCCCGUCGCCCUCAACGCCGACCAGUUCCUCCCUUCCUGCAUCGCCGCCAUGGCUACGAGCUCGUCGGCAGUGCGGCAGACCAUCGUGAACCUGCUGUGCUCGCUCGGCAAGGUGCGGGAGUACGACGCGCGCGACCUGCUCAAGUCGAUCGCCGAUGGAGUGAGGGAGGGAGGAAAUGAACUCCAACGAGCCGAGUGCUGUGCGGCCCUCGUGACGGUCUACAGCUGCUCCAAGUAUCGCAACAAUGCGCACGAGUCGUCAGUGCUGCAGGAGGUGGUUGUUCCCGCGCUGGUUUCAGCAUUGGGCGACUCGUCCAACCGUGUGGCCGAGGCAGCAGCGACGGCCGUCGAUGCCGUUCGAGCUCGAGCUCCAGACUCGUUACAGGCGUGCGUGGACGGCCUGGCGCCGGCAACGCAGCAGAUGCUGCAUGGAACGAUCUUCCGGCCGUCACAGCUCCCGCUCCCCGAGGUCACCAGCACCGAGCUCCACAGUCGAGGAGAGACGUCGGAGAGGACGGGAGGUCCCGUCGCCCCCAAUAGCCACGGUUCGGAUCAUUCUGCUGACCUAGCUGGAAAGCAGCUCGCCUUCGUCCCUCCUCGGUUGCUGGCAGAGCUUCAGGACGCUGGGAACUGGCGAGUGCGGGCGCUGGCGGUGGAGGAGCUGCAGCAGAUUGUCCGAGGGUUCCAGAGGCCGGAGGAACUAAGGCCGUACCUGCCGGACCUUAUCGACCUGCUGAUCACGCUGACGCGGGACGCCAACUUCAAGAUCGAGAUCACGGCCCUGCAGAUCCUUGGUGACGUCAUCAAUCUGGUUGAGCGGGACGUCCACCCGUUCCAGCACCAGCUGAUGCCCAACUUCAUCGGCAAGCUUGCGGACAACAAGACGAUGGUGCGGCAGGCCAACAUCAAGGUUCUGCUGAAGCUGAUGCAAACCCUGGGGCCCAAGGAGAUUCUUGAGGGGCUCAUGCGGGAAGUCAAGCACGAGAGCUGGCGGGUGAGGGAGGAGAUCCUGCACGUCGUUGUCCUCUCCCUUCUCACCUUCCAAGGAUCUGCCGGGCAGGCAGGAGGAGGAGGAGUAGGGGGAAAGCCCAAGUUUGACUUUGCCUUCCUGGUGCGCUCGGUUUGCUCGGUGCUCGAGGACUCGAAGCAGAAGGUUCGAGCGAUCGCACUAGAGGCCCUGGCGCUGCUUCACUCCUUGCAAGGGGCUGACAAAUUCCGCGCCUCCCUCCCGCCCAUGCAGGAGCAGACGCUGAGGGCGGUGGAGGCGAGGCUGGCGCUUGCGCAGCUGCCGUCGUUGAACUUGGAAGGAUGGCUGGAGCUGUCGCAUCUGGGCCGCUAUGUGGAGGAGGGCAGCCACGCGGGGCAGGAGGAGAGGGCGGAAAGGAACACCGACAUCUCCCCCGACAGCCUGGGCGAGGCUCCUCGCUCCCCGUUGCGCAGGCAUCGACCCAACCAGUCGCAGAUGCCGCACUCGUACCCUACGUCCCCCGACAACCCCGUGAAGCCUCUUCCCCGCUCCUCCUUCCAGCACGACAGCGUCAUCGGCUUUCCUCCUCUCGACGACCAGCCGCUCUACCGCGAGGUCGGGCCGUUGGAGGACGAGGUGCAGACUGACGCUUCCUUCCUCCUCCCCUCUGGAGGCGUCCGGUCGCCCCGCCGUGUGCUUCAGGCGAGUGGGAUGGGGGAAGCAGGCCGCAGGCUUCAUCAUGAGUCUGCUCAUGUGGAAGUGGCUGAGAGCGAGACCGGGGGGUCCUCGCUGCCCGACGCCCCUCCUUCCUCCUCCUCCUCCUCCUCCGAUGCCUUCAGACGUCCAGCACAGCCGUCCUCCUCCGUCUCGAGCUCAGGGCAGGGACGACGAGACAAGGAGUCUUCUCGUCCCAUCAAGCCGUUCUGGAUGGAGGGGAUGCGAGACAGCGCGCAGUCGACGGCGAGCACGGCGAUGAAGGAGGAGGCGUCGCAGGACUCGUUCAUCCGAGGGGGAAGGAUGCGCCCUCCCUCGGCAGGGAGACGAGCGAUGCACGCAGGAGUUGGAGCUGGGGCAGGGCCUGGAGCUGGACCUGGAGCAGGAGGAGCAGGAGCAGGAGCAGACGCCUGGGGGCACAUUCACGAGACGAGCUCCAUGGCGACGUUGGGAGGAGGAUGGGGCAACCUGGAGAACACCAAGUUCGAGUCCAUCCCCGUCCUCCCUCACAGCACCCCGAUGAUCUGCAGCCCCCCGAUGUCUCCCCAUAGUGUCCGCGGCUGCCACUCCCCCAACACCAACCAGCGCAUCCUGCAGGCGGGGGCGAUGGCGUCGGGGGAGGAAGGGAGCAGGAGGAAGGAAGAAAGCACGCCCAGGGACCUCUCGCUCUCCACCGACCAGAUCGCAAACCGGCUGAGCAUCCUCAAGACGAGGAGGGGAAGGUCGGGAGGGUCGAGGAGGGCAGGGAGUGCUCCGUUCCCUUACGGUGAAGGCUCGUCAGGGCUGGGAGCCACCACGCCCGGGCUGGCGUCGGUGAGCUCUAGCAUGUCUUCGGAGAUCAGCCAGAUGGGGACGCCGCUGGAGGAGGAGCAGGGAGGUAGCGGCAGCUCCUACCGGCCGUCGCAGUCUGCUCCUGCUUCGACCCUCUCCCCGGCCAUCGACUUGAUCGGCAGCAAGAGGUCCGGAGGGAACGGUGUGGUGCUGCCGUCGGUGGAAGGAGGAGGAGGAGGAGGGAAGAGCGUGAUGGAGAUCAACGCUCGUCCUCUCGAGCUGAUCCCCACGGAGGAGCUAGCUCCUCUCGACAACCCUGACGGGGUCAUGCGAACGCUGCUGGCAAAGUUAGGAUCCAGCGACUGGGCUGUACAGAUGGAGGCCUUGAACCUGACCCGCGCGCUAUCCAUCUACCAUGCCAGCUCGACUAUCCUCCCCCAGCUGCACGUUGUUGUCCGAGCGAUCCUCCUGGUUGCCGACAGUUUGCGGUCGAACUUGAGCAAGUCGGCGCUCAUGGCACUGACGGACAUGCUUCGGUUCCUCAAGACACAGAUGGACGCGGAGCUGGACAACGUGGUGCUGGUGCUUGUGAAGAAGAGCGGAGAGACGGCUGGGUUCAUCGCGGACGAGGCGAGAAAGGCGAUGCUUGCCAUGAUCGAGAACUGCUCGGAGGGCCGGACGUUAGGAGCGCUGCUGCAUGCGAACAGCAGCAAGAACCCUCUGAUCCGAGCCAAGGUCGCCUCCUACCUCUGUGCUCUGGUGGAGAGCAUGGGGCCGAAGCUGCUCAACUCCAAGGACCUUGAGCGUCUGUUCCCCGUUGUCGUGCAGUUUCUCAGCGAGGGUAGCGCAGAGCCGCGGCAGGCUGGGAAGCGAGCGAUGCUGGAGAUCCACAUGCUGAGCAAGGCGACGGGAGAGUUCGAUCGGCUGCUCCGACGGUGUGCGGAUGCUGAUGUGCGGGUGGUGGAGAAGGUGCUGGCGCAGGAGAAGGCGAUGAAUAGCACGUUUGCUGUGACCCCUUCCUCCCUCCUCAAGACGAUGCGAUCAACGAGGUAG